UCUAUAUAUGUGUCAGUUGGCUGAUUCAAUGGCCUUUUGUGUGUUUCAAUCUCAUCCAUAUGCACAUCUUGAUGUGAUGCAGGACGAAAAAUAAAUUAUCGGGUCUUUUAGUUUUAUCUUUUAUUUAAAUUUUAAGAGUUAUGUUAUUUUGCAAUUCAAUAAUGAGCUUGGCCCAAAUUUAGUCAAUUUAUUAGGGUGAGAGUUUUGUCGGUGUACGUCUAUUCAAGUGUUAUUUCGUACUCCAAUGGAAAUAUGUUAGAAUUGAUGAAUAAACAAAUUUUAUUUCCUUUGGUUGGUGCGAUGCCAAGUUUUUAUCGUUCAUGUUCUUGAUCUGUUUGCGUGACAAUUCUUGUUUCUCCAUCACGUCUGUUUUGCAUAUGGAGUUAAAAGUAUAUACGACUUAAUUUCAUAAAGUGCAUAAUGUGGGCCACCCACAAAUCACACUCAAAUUUUGUGUUCAAAAAUCCUCAACAAAGUGCUUGGAUGUAUUUUUUUUUCCCUCCCUCUAUAAAUAGAGGAGUUUUAAGUGUAGUGGUACCAAGUAGCUAGAUUUCUUAUUGUUAACCUCUAAAUUCUGUUUCCAUGGCCCCAGUACCCCAUUUCCCCAUCAAGGUUGGGCACAUAGACGAUGUCCAAGAGCUAAGAAAGGGCAAGCCAACUACAAUUCCAGAAAGAUUUGUAAGGGAUAUGGCAGAGAGGCCAGAACUAAGCACAGCUCUGUCAUCAUCACCAACUGACAUUCCCAUUGUUGAUUUCUCCAAGCUUGUAAAAGGAAGCAAAGAUGAAGUUUUGCAACUUGCAAACGCCUGUGAGAAGUGGGGAUUCUUUCAGGUAAUUAAUCAUGAAAUUGAGCCUUCUUUGCUUGAGAGCAUAGAGAAGGUGUCCAAGGAAUUCUUCAUGCUGCCAGUGGAAGAGAAACAAAAGUACCCAAUGGCCCCAGGGACAGUUCAAGGAUAUGGGCAGGCGUUUGUGUUCUCAGAGGAUCAAAAGCUGGAUUGGUGUAACAUGUUUGCUCUUGGGCUUGAGCCCCCAUUCAUAAGGAAUCCCAAACUAUGGCCAACAAAUCCUGCCAAGUUCAGUGAAACUGUAGAUGUUUACUCAAGAGAAGUGAGAAAAGUUUGCAAGAAUCUGUUGAAAUAUAUAGCCAUGAGCCUAGGCUUGAGAGAAGACAUCUUUGAAGAGAUGUUUGGGGUGGCUGUGCAAGCCAUAAGGAUGAACUACUACCCACCAUGUUCAAGACCUGACCUUGUUUUAGGUCUAAGCCCACAUUCAGAUGGAAGUGCUCUCACAGUGUUGCAGCAAGGAAAAGGCAGCUCAGUAGGACUUCAAAUCCUUAAAAACAACAGAUGGGUGCCUGUUCAACCCAUCCCAACUGCUCUUGUAAUCAACAUUGGUGACACCAUAGAAGUUCUUACAAAUGGGAAAUACAAGAGUGUGGAGCAUAGAGCAGUGACUCACAAGGAGAAAGAUCGACUGUCAAUUGUCACAUUUUAUGCUCCUAGCUAUGAAAUAGAGGUUGGGCCGAUGGCAGAAUUGGUGGAUGAAAGCAACCCAUGCAAGUAUAGACGAUACAAUCAUGGAGACUACAGUAGACACUAUGUAACAAACAAGCUGCAAGGCAAGAAAACCCUGGAUUUUGCCAAGAUUCAGGCCUAGAGAAUUCAAUCUAAGAAGGCCCCACCUUGGGAGAUGCCCAUUAUUGGACUUUUGUGUAAAAUAUAAAAAAUAUACUAUGAUUAACUUCCACUUCCCUACGUGUUGGAAAUAGAAUAUUACCAAAUCACUGCUAGUUAGUGGCUAUGCAUAUGUCAUUGGAGUGCACUGUUCAUGUAUGUAGCUCUUAUUUGUGUAAGCUGUCAAAUUAAUGGAAGAUUUUCUUGUCAAAUUGUCUC